AUGUGUUCAAAAGAGUUAUUCCUGUUUGUUUGUUUAGUUGGUCUGCUCGGUGGCCUCAGACUAACCUCAACAACGACAACCACCACAUUUGUAGCUGCGAUGUCAAUUGGCAAUCAGGACAUAGAACGCUAUUUUCGUUCAGUGAAUGCUUCACAGUCAUUAGCCGUGAUGACCGAAGAUCGCAUUGCUAUGGAUACAUAUACAUUUGCCUUCAUCAAUUACACCUAUUACGGCGAUGAUCACAUUAAGCACGAGGUGCAAUAUGCAGAAGAGAAGGCACGUUAUGGUGAGGGUAGAAUUCUGUCUGUCAAAGGUAAAUUAGUGCACGUUACCGAUGCGAAUGAUUUCACUGAUGACUAUGCAUGCUCACCAAAUAUUUUGGGCACACUCGGUAAUCCAACACCAUCGUCUGGUGUGUCAUGGAUUGCUUUAGUGCGUCGCGGUCGUUGUACUUUCGAGGAGAAGGUGAAGAAUGUGCACUACAAGGGCGCAGCAGGCGUUAUUGUGUACAAUGAUAAGACAGUUCCAAACCUGGAAAAAAUGCAAAUAAAGGGCAAAACUCGUAAUAUAACUGCUGUGAUAACUUAUCUAGAACUCGGAGCAAGUAUGGCUGAUAUUGUUGAUCGAGGUUUUGAUAUGGAAGCUGCCAUUAUUGAAGGCAAAAGUGGCAUGCGGCCUAUUAACACUUUAAAUAGUGAUGAAAUAAACUAUUUAACGAAUUUAGUAUAG